AUGGCCUCAAUCGACAGGCUCAGCGCCUUGCCCGACGAAAUCAUCUCUCACAUCCUCUCUUUUCUCCCCUUGAAAACCUCCGUCUCCACCAGGACCCUCGCCGCAAGAUGGAGGUUUUUAUUGGCUUAUGCCCUUAACAUACAAUUCACCGAUCGCCCAUCGAGUUCUAUGGAUACAAUAUACAGUGAUAGAAAGUUCGAAGACGUCCUUAGAAAGAUUCUGUCCCAGUGUGAAGCGCACGGGCACAGCGUGAUCACACUUCGCCUCCACAGGGAAGUCUUCUGGGAGCAUAAACUUCAGGCGUACCUCGAGACCGCCUUUGCGUGCAAGUUGAAAACUCUCGAUCUUAGUUUGCGUGAAAUUGAAUCUUUACCCCUGUGUGUGCUCACCUCCGAUACCCUAAUUAAUUUGAAGAUCAAGUUUUUCGAUAUUAAGAUGAAGAAUAUCACCGUGUGUUUACCAGCCCUCAAGAGGCUUCAUAUUGAGACUGCUGUCCUUGACGGCUCCCUCGAAAACCUGAUUUCCGGUUGUCCCGUGCUCGAAGAGUUCACCUAUAUCGGACGUAUCGAACAUGUAUGCCAUUGCAUAUCUUCGUCCACUAUGAAGAGGUUGGUCCUCGAAUGUGACUUCCCUUACAAGGUGAAGAUAGAUACUCCUGCGCUUGAUUAUCUGUCACUACGGUAUGAUUAUGAUAUCCCCCGUAAUGUCUCGUUUGGGUCGAUGGACUCCUUAAUUGAAGCACACAUUGUUGUUUUCCAUUUCGACGAUGAUCUUUAUUCUCGUUCCCUGGUAGAAUUUGUGGGUAGGUUAUCUAGUGUAAAAGAAAUGAGCUUAUGUCUUUGGGAUUGGGGUUGGAAGGCUCCUGAGUUUACCCCUGAUGAUUUGAACAUAAAUUUUCACAAUUUAGCCAAACUCACGGUGAAAGGUGAUUGGCGUUUCAUCUCGUAUUUUGUGGAGAAGGCUAACAUGCUUGAAGUCCUUAAUGUCAUACACUAUCCGGAACCAAAAUGCGAGAUGGAACCUGUCCAGUUGUCUAUGGCUAAUUCAAUCAUGAAGCUUCACAAUUUAAUAGAACUCGAACUGCAAGUCGAUUGGUGGUUCCUCACAUAUUUCCUAGAGAAGGCUGAUAAACUUAAAGUCCUUAUUAUCCGCAACAAUGUAUAUAGUAAGUAUAAACGAAAACGCUGGUUAAUGACUCCCCUCCAAAUGCCUAAUUGCCUGUCCUCACAUCUUAAAAUAGUACAAAUUCAUGAAUUGGAUGGUACUGAUGAGCAUGAAGUUGACAUGGUUAGAUAUUUCUUGAAGAAUGCUAAAGUCUUGGAGAGGAUGGAACUACAUUGCUUAGCAGAAUCGGUUGACAGAAUUUCAUCGAUUGAGAGAAAUUCAUCAUUUGAUCGAGGAUCUGAGAAGUGUGAGAUUGUCUUCUACGAACAUCCGGAAUCGGACAAUGACUGA